AGUUAGUUCCGCUGAGACCAACACAGCACCUCAAAACUCAUGUCUUAUGUCAAAACUGCCCUUACUCGGGCAGGCGUGGAUAUAAACGUCAGAAGACUGAAUACCCUUUCUAACCGAAGAGCACAGUCCACUGUCGCCUCAACUCAGGCAGACCAGGAUGUCACCAACAGAGAGUCCUACUCUUCAAGGAAAAGCAGAAAUGCUUCCUCCUCUCCAAAGAUCUCUAUUGACUUUGAGCUGACCCAGGAAGCAUACAAGAGUAAAGAUAAUUUAGAACUGCUCAGAAGUUUGGUGGUUUUCAAACUGUGCUCUUAUGACCUGUUGGUUGAUAAGAAUAAGGAGCUGAUGGACAUCAGUAAGUUCCUACUGGGGAAGAAGGCAUUUGAGCAGUUUAUGAAGAUGACAUUCUAUGGUCAGUUUGUGGCGGGAGAGGACCACAAGUCCAUCAAGUCUCUGAUUCAAAAGAACAGGGCCUUCGGAGUGGGCUCUGUCCUGGACUACAGUGUAGAGGAGGACCUCACACAGGAGGAUGCAGUGACUAAAGAGAUGGACUCAUGCGUGUCUGCUACAGAGAAAGAAGGCAUGAGCAUGGACCACAGAGAAAAGCAGUACAAGGCUCACCAACAGUUUGGGGACCGCCGAGGGGGAGUGACCGGCGCCAGGACAUACUUCUACUCUGAUGAGGCCAAAUGUGACCAACACAUGGAGACCUUCCUAAAGUGUAUCAAAGCAUCUGGUGGGAGCUCAGUGGAUGGCUUCUCUGCCAUCAAGAUGACUGCACUGGGACGACCUCAGUUCCUGCUCCAGUUCUCGGAGGUGCUGGUGAAAUGGAGGCGUUUCUUCAGCUUCCUGGCGGCACAGCAGGGGAGAGAUGGCAUGGAGGUUCUGGAGCAGAGGCUAGAGCUGCAGCCACUACAGGAGUUUAUGACCACGCUGGGGGCCACAGGUGACUUCCAUGGCUGGUUCACUGGAGAGAAACAAGGAUCAGGAACCAUUGACAGGCUGGACUGGAACAGCCUGAUCGACGACAGAAUAAAGAUAUCAGAUCUGCUGGUUGUCCCAAAUUUAGAGACUGGUCAGCUGGAGCCCCUGCUCAAUAAGUUCACAGAGGAGGAGGAGAAACAGAUGAAGAGGAUGCUCCAGAGGCUGGACGUACUUGCCAAUCAUGCAGAGGAGCACAGUGUUCGUCUGAUGGUGGAUGCAGAGCAGACCUACUUCCAGCCAGCCAUCAGCACACUGACUGUGGAGAUGCAGAGGACCUACAAUAGAAGGAAACCUGUCAUCUUCAACACCUACCAGUGCUACCUCAAGGAGGCCUAUGAUAUCGUGACCAUGGAUGUUGAGUUGUCGAGGCGUGAGGGAUGGUUUUUUGGGGCCAAGCUGGUGCGUGGGGCUUAUAUGUACCAGGAGAGGAGCAGAGCGGAGGAGAUCGGAUACGAGGACCCCAUCAACCCUGACUAUGAGACCACUAACAUGAUGUACCACAAGUGUCUAGACUACGUCCUCGAUGAGAUUGGACUGAACAGAAAUGCCAAUGUCAUGGUUGCUUCUCACAAUGAGGACACAGUGAAGCACACCCUCAGGAGGAUGAAUGAGUUGGGCCUGACUCCCACGGAGAACAAGGUGUAUUUUGGACAGCUGCUGGGCAUGUGCGACCAAAUCAGCUUCCCAUUGGGCCAGGCAGGUUUCCCUGUCUAUAAAUAUGUUCCAUACGGGCCGGUGAAUGAGGUGAUACCGUACCUAUCCCGUCGUGCCCAGGAGAACAGGGGCUUCAUGAAGGGUUCCCAGAGGGAGAGGGAGCUGCUGUGGAAGGAGCUAAAACGCAGGCUGACCUCGGGACAGGUCUUCUACAGACCUCAGCCUGAACCGGGACUAUGAAAUCACAGCUAGCUAACUGUCUGUCCAUGCUGCUUAAUCUCUUUCUAGUGCGCUCUCUUUCUGUCUCCUCCCUCUCUUUGUCAUGUUCUCUGUCUUAUUCUUAUCGAUUACCCCUCUCUCUGUUAAUCUCUCCCCCUUCCCCCUAGCCAUCUUUCUCCCUCUCUCUCUCCCCCACUUCCCUUUCUUCCUCUCUCUUAAUUCUCUCUGUAAGCAUUCCUCUUGGUGUCCUCAGCAUCCUCAGAGCGCUGCAUACAUCAUAUGGGCAUCUUUACUACUCUAACAGGACUCCCUAAAAUGUCAGGCUGGCCCGGUCUGCCCGUCACUCGCUGCUUUUUAUAGCUCUAUUUAUCCUGGAGAGGGACAACAGUAAUAAAAACAUAGCAGGCUUGAUUUAAAUGGAAGUAAAAGAUCCAUCAAUAUCCCUUUUACUUUAUAAUGCUUCUUGAGAAUACAAAAACCUCUGAGGAGUAUUUCUGUAGAUUUCCUACAUAAUGUUUUAAAGAUAGUAUCAUAUAGUGUUCUUUGGAAAUGUAUACUGUACAUAAAUCUAGGGUGAGAAUGUAUACUUGUCUACACACACUGGUGCCUCUGUAGUACUGUAUUAAAUAUUGCUCUCAUAGACAGAGCUAGUUUAGUUUGAAUCAAUAAGAGUUUUUUGGAACUAAAUUGUGUAAAGGGUCUGGAGGGUUGGUUCUCCGGAAGCCUAGUUUCUUUUGUGUUCAUAUCCAGGGAUGCAAUUACAGUAUUGUAUACGAUUCUGGACAUCAAAUAACUGAUACUGAGUGUGCUAUUUAUUUGUCCAUUUGGCAUGUAAAUUAAUUACAUUUUAAAUAUGUUGGAUUUUACACUCCAACCUUGUCUCUUGUAAAUAUACUUAAGCUAUCUGUGAAAAGUCGUUAAUUUUGUUUAGUCAAAAUGUGUUUCACGAAGUGAGUUUAUAAUCAAAAUGGCUGACAAGAAGAAUGUAUGGAAAAAUGCACAAGGCCUCAACAAGUCUUGUACAAGUUGAAAGUAAAUUGAGAAAUCACAAAGUUAUCGUUCUCUUUUGAUAGCCCAGCUUUUGAGUUAGACUCCCGGUAUGGGUCAUUUUGUAUGAAUGGACACAACUUCGAACUCUCAACACAUCAACAAGUCUUGUUAAAGAAGGAAAAUGGGUAAAUCACAAAGUUAUUGUCCUCUUUUGGUAGCCCAGCUUUUAAGUUAGACUCCCAG